AUGACGUCAGUACGUGAGGACUGAACGAAACGUCAUCCUUACGGCUGCAGCUUUGGUCCUGAAGUGGUGCGUGGCCUUUCUUCCUCUCUAGCUUCAACCUAACAAUUAAGCAAAUUAUCUUUAAGUUUAAUUUUAUAACCAUGGCGCGAAACAUCCCCUUCUUCGCCGCACCCGUUUAUCUGCUCCUUAUCACUGUACUGUGUUAUCGAGUGGCUGCGGACGGGCUGGUGAACGAGGAGGUGAAACGAACGGUGGACCUGAGCACGCACCUUGCUAAGAUAACAGCAGAGAUUCUUCUGUCAAAUCAAGGAGACACGGCGGUACAUAACUUUAUCUUGGCGGUAGAGCCCGACCUGGCCCCCCACCUCGCUUAUGUCGGUGCAUCGGUGAAGGGUGAUGAAGAGGAGGAUGCCAUGCUUGAGCUCAAGCAAACAACAAUCCAAGGUCAAAGUGGGGAGUUUUACAAGGUGCAGUUACCCUCCAGUCUGGGUGUGGGUGCUAAGCUGCGGGUGAAGGUGGAGACUGUCCUGAGCCACAUCCUGAGGCCCUUCCCCACCCACAUCACCCAGGCUGAGCGUCAGCUGGUGGUGUUCCAGGGUAACCACUACCUGUACUCCCCCUACCCCACCCGCAGCCAGACCACCCGCGUCCGCCUCGCCUCUAAGACUGUGGAGAGCUACACCAAGCUGGGCAACCCCAGCAAGAGCGAUGAAGCUAUUGAGUAUGGCCCCUUCCGUGAUGUUGCCCCUUUCAGCGAGGAUGCCAUGAAGGUCCAUUAUGAGAACAACACACCCUUCCUCACCAUUAGCAGCAUCACCCGCAUCAUCGAAGUCUCCCAUUGGGGAAACAUUGCUGUGGAAGAGACCAUUGACAUGAGGCACACCGGUGCAUUCCUGAAAGGGCCUUUCUCCCGUUAUGACUACCAGCGUCAGUCUGACAGUGGCAUCUCAUCAGUUAAAUCCUUUAAGACCAUCCUUCCUGCAUCAGCCCAGGAUGUGUACUACCGGGAUGAGAUCGGCAACAUAUCCACCUCCCACCUACAGAUUCUGGAAGAAUCUGUGGAGGUGGAGGUUCGGCCCCGCUUCCCUCUGUUUGGUGGCUGGAAGACCCACUACAUUAUCGGCUACAAUCUGCCCAGCUAUGAGUACCUCUACACUCUGGGGGAUCAGUAUGCUCUGAAGAUGAGGCUGGUUGACCAUGUAUAUGAUGACCAAGUCAUCGACUCCCUCACUGUUAAACUCAUACUGCCAGAAGGCGCCAGGAACAUCCAUGUGGAAACCCCCUACCCCAUUGACCGCAUUCCAGACCAGCUGCACUACACCUACCUGGACACCUUUGGUCGUCCUGUGCUGGUGGCUUCUAAGAACAAUCUGGUGGAGCAGCACAUCCAGGAUAUAGUGGUGCAUUAUACCUUCAAUAAGAUCCUGAUGCUGCAGGAGCCUCUAUUGGUGGUGGGUGCCUUCUACAUCCUCUUCUUCACAGUCAUCAUCUACGUGCGCCUGGACUUCUCCAUCACGAAGGACCCUGCUGCAGAGGUUCGUAUGAAGGUGGCCUCCAUCACAGAGCAGGUCCUGACUCUGGUCAACAAGCGUUUAGGGCUGUACCGCCACAUGGAUGAGGUGGUGAAUCGCUAUAAGCAAUCCCGAGACACGGGGGCCCUGAACAGCGGCCGCAAGACCCUGGAGGCCGACCACCGCACCCUCACCAACGACAUCAGCUCCCUGCAGGCCCGCCUCAAAACAGAGGGCUCCGACCUCGCAGAUAAGGUGGGUGAGGUGCAGAAGCUGGACGGCCAGGUGAAGGACCUGGUGGGUCGCUCCUGUCAAGAGGCUGAGCGCCUGGUGGCAGGCAAGGUGAAGAAGGAGGCCUACAUCGACAACGAGAAGACCCUUGCUAGCAAGAGACUGGAGCUGGUGACGCGCAUCGACAGUCUGCUGGACACCCUGUAAACGCCACAAUACACACGUGAUGGUGUGCAGUAUACACACACGCUAUACACACACACACACACACAAACGUGCUGCCCCAGCUACACAUCUGUUGAACCGCUCUUGCACUCAUUUAUAAUAAGGAACAUCGACAUUUUCACUCUUAUACCCCGCAAGCUCAAUGUCCAUCCUCUGAGACCCAGACACGAAAUAAACACACUCGCGCAAAGUAACCUGUAGGUGCAUACAAACACUCGUGCCUUUGUGCCUCGCUAAAAACAUGACGGCAUUAUGCUUAACACCACAGUGAGUGCUUGCGUCACACCUUAUGUGGGAGAGUCUAGUGUGAGUUAAAUUGCGCGGGAGAGUGUUGCUCAGAGUAAAUGCAGCAUUUUCAUGUUUAAAUUUGGAAUCCUCUUGUAUUGUUUAGUUUUCACCCUUUUUGUAUGAUUUUUGGAGAUGAACAAUAAAUUGUUUUACUAUGGAUAGUCAAGUUACUCUGUAAGGGUUGUCUCAUACAUGUCUCAUCUGUCCCAUGUCUAUACUCCCAUGAGCCCUUCCAACCUGUGUGCUCCUCUAAAGGGGAAGUAGUCAUCAUUGCCGGUGCCCCUGAAAUAAGGGGGUCCAUGUGAGUCAACAAUCUCUAAUUGUCUUUGUCAUAUUCUUUGCACUUACAAACCACAACCACAAGGAGCAAUCCUUCCCCCUGGCCAUUACAUUUUGUAUAUUUGAACAAUGUUGAAGCUCUGAAACCGUGUGGAGCCCAAUUCAAAGGGUUACCGUCUUUAUGUUAAGUUUCUAAUUGUUCCUCUGUAAAAUUUCUAACAUUUGUAUGAUUUCUUGUUUUGUAAUGGUAUGUUUUGUUUGAUUAGUAAAUGCAUGACAGGCCAUGUGUGUGGGGAAGAGUAUGUGGAAAUCAAAGACAUUGGUUGAUAAUGUAAGUAAACCUGUACCAGUAGUAAAUUUAAAUGGGGGAAAGUAACCAAAUUUGAAAUAAAUCUGGGAAAAAAUACAAA